AUGGCCAUCUUUACGUCUCCGACAGCUCUACACAAUGCCAAUUCUUUGGUGUCCCGCCAGUUCGUGACCCAGAUGCAGUCAGGUGUCAUAAACCCGGGUGUCCUUCAGAAUGGCGCUCAUCCAAGCCAUCCCUCCUUCUUUCAUCUGGUGCUUCUCGUCUUCGAAGCGGUGCUGGAGGUCAUCUGUGUCAGCUUGCCGGGUUACAUUGCGGCAAAACAGGGCAUGUUCGACGCGGAGGCUCAAAAGCUCGUGGCUAACUUGAACGUUACGCUGUUCACCCCGUGUCUGAUCUUCAUCAAGCUCGGUUCCCAAUUGACGGCGGAGAAACUUACCGAUCUUGCCAUCAUCCCUUUCAUUUUUAUCGUGCAAACCAUGGUCUCUUACUCCUGUGCUUGGCUCAUCUCACGAUGCUUCGGCUUCAAAAAGCGGCCAGCCAAUUUUGUGGCUGCAAUGGCUGUCUUCGGCAAUUCCAAUUCUCUUCCCAUUUCCCUUGUCAUGUCGCUUUCGCAGACCCUAAAAGGCCUUCACUGGAACAAAGUUCCGAACGACAACGAUGAUGAAGUGGCAGCGCGCGGAAUCUUAUAUCUGCUCAUUUUUCAACAGCUAGGCCAGCUCGUACGUUGGAGUUGGGGUUAUCACAUCCUGCUCGCUCCAAAGGAACGAUACCUGGAAGCGGCGGAAAGGGAACAAGGCGCCGCGCGAAUCGAGCAAGGUCAAGCACGCUAUAGCGACAAUCCCGAUCAGGGCGAUCCAGAUGAACCGCUUAUCAGAACACGAAGCUCAGAUAGUCUGACUGGUCACGCAACGGGCUCGGCUGGCGACACCGAGGAGUUUUCUUCUGGCGAGCAGACUCCGGUAAAUGUGCGCAGUUACUCAUACGCGAAGCUACCUGCUCAUGCCGAUGACCACGAUGAUCCGGACGAUCCGCCGGCUCUCCUUGGGCCUCCUCCUCGCGGACAAUUCCUUCCACGUCAAGCCACCCGAGGGGAUAUCUUAUGCUUUCCUAAUAUCGAGCUAUCGCACGAAGGUCAUCGCCAUAAAAAGGGUCCGUUCAAGCGAUUCAGAAUAUAUCUGCGCGAACGUCUUAACCGCAUCACGGACGCUAUCGGGCGCUGCUGGGAGAGGAGCACAAACGCCGUGUAUGAUCGUCUCCCGACUAGCGUUCAGAAACCUCUGUCAGUUUGUGCUCGCGGGAUCAGACGAUUCUUCCAUGGUCUCUGGGAGUUCAUGAACCCUCCUCUGUGGGCAAUGCUGGUGUCAAUCAUCGUCGCUUCGGUACCCUCCUUGCAGCAUGUCUUUUUUGACGAGGACACAUUCAUGAACAAUUCAGUCACCCGGGCCGUGAACCAGAAUGCUCAAGUGGCCGUGCCUUUGAUCUUGGUGGUACUGGGAGCCAAUCUUGCGCGGAACACUUUGUCUCAAGAGGCGUUGGAGGAUAUGGAACAUCCCAAAGAAGAGAAGAAGCUGAUCAUCGCUUCCCUCGUGGCGCGUAUGCUCCUGCCGACCUUGGUCAUGGCUCCAUUUAUUGCCUUAAUGGCGAAAUACGUCCCUGUCAGCAUCCUGGGUGAUCCGAUCUUCAUCAUCGUCUGCUUCCUGCUCACAGGCGCUCCAUCCGCUCUUCAAUUGGCACAGAUUUGCCAGAUCAACAAUGUAUACGUCUCGGCCAUGUCAAAGCUUCUGUUCCAGAGCUAUGUUGUUUGGAUUCUUCCCUCCACUCUGAUCCUUGUCAUGUGCGCCUUGGAGGUGGUCGAGUGGGCCUCCGCUUCCGCCUAA